GUCUGGAGGCAGGGGUAGUGCAACCAACCAGGUGUUUUAAUCUCCAACAUUUAACAAAGAUGACAUUCCUGCUUACAUGGUCAUGAGGUGUCGCAGCACCCGCACCUAUUACUCCCAUCAUGUGGCCAACAUGCAGGCUUUGUGAUCCUGGGCGGCACCAAUUAACACACUUCUCAAAAGACAGGGUAGAACAAACCACAUAUACACCAAACAACUUAACAAAACAACCAAUCUUCAACACAUAAAUAACAAACAUUCUUCAUGGUUACAUACUCAUUUGCUAUCUAAAACUACCCUCAUAUAAAUAUUAAUUUAUUCAUCACUUCUAAAAUGCCUCAGGCUUUGUUCCCCCUCUUCCAUCUGCACUUGGUCUCUUCCGGAAUCUUUAUCAGGUGUUCAGGCCCCCGGGGACUCUUUUCGCCUGAACACCCUACAGAGGAACAGACAGAGGUAAGCCAUAAUCUACAAACAUUUGUAAUACAUUUCAUAAUUACCAUACCUACUUCAUUUAUAUUAUUCCCCCCCCCAGGACACCCUCAAUACCCACUGAGAUGCCCUGCAUAAAACACCCAAUAAAAUACUUCAAUCUAUUUGUACCCGUCUCAUUAUCAUUUACACAUAAUUAAGAUGUUAUCCUGACCAGUAAUGAAGACCUUCAUUACAACAUGUUAAAGAAAAAGCUAACUUUUCUCCUACCUUUAUCAUUGAGCCAUUUUUAGGUAAAUGAGGUUUAGAUAAGCACCAAUAAGUAGUUAUUCUAUAAAAUAUCUUCCAACGUAAAUAUCUGUCAGUAUUAAUUAAAAACAUGCCAACAAAUGGAAAAAAGAUGACAAAUGCUGACAUUUAAUAAAUUUUGUGCUUACUGCUGUUUAUGAACCAAAUCAAUAUCUUUACAUGGCAUGAUGUGAUUGGCUCCAACGAGUCCUGUGAAAGUGCAGCCUCCGAUUGGACAAGAGGGAAGACCAGUAACAUUCUGACACACACACUCCAUGUUAGAUAAAUAAAUGUAGGACAGGUUCCCCCACACCUGAGCAGAGGUGACAGAGCAGGUUACACAUACACACACACACAGAGACAUGAGAACACACAAGCUAUGCAUCGCUCUGCUGGGCCUGCUGCUGCUGGGGUCCUUCAGCGUUCAGGCCGGUGACCCCAAGGAUGACCCCGACAGGGCAACAGAGGCAUCAUCAGCAGAGACACAAGAGGACACCUCAGAGGAGACAGACAAGAAGCCAAAGAAGGAGAAGACAACAAACAUAGAAGAAGAAAAAGACGUUUUGGUUCUACACAUCAACAACUUUGACAGAGCUCUCAGCGAAAAUGAGUUUUUACUGGUUGAGUUUUAUGCUCCCUGGUGUGGCCACUGCAAAGAGUUUGAACCGAUUUACGCCGAGGUCGCAGAGAAACUGAAGGAGGAGGGAGCAGGCAUGCGAUUGGCCAAGGUGGAUGCCAUCGAGGAGAAGGAGCUGGCUGAUGAGUUUGAGGUCGGAAGCUUUCCCACUCUGAAGGUGUUCAUCAACGGGGAGCGCAAGCUGCCAUUGGACUACACCGAAACUUGGCUUUCGGACAGAGAUUCAAACAUGGAAAUGACUAUUGAUGGAUUUGGUGCGCCAGUACGCCUGGACCAGGAUGCUGGCAUUACUGGAAAAUCACAAGGAGGGGGUAAAAGAUCAGUGGAGGGUAUAAUUCAAUGGAUGAAACGUCGCGUCGGUCCCGGUACUUCAAUCCUUGACUCUGUGGACUCUGCGGCCAAGUUCAUCAGCACCCACAAUAUCUCUGUUGUAGGAUUCUUCAGUAGUUUGGAAAGCGAGUCUGCCCAUGUGUUCAAGGAGGUCUCUUUUGAUUUGACUGAUGUUGAGUUUGGAGUUACUGUAAUUCCUGAAGUGUUUCAGAAGUAUGAAGUGAAAUCAGACUCAGUGGUGCUGUUCAAAAAGUUUGAUGAUGGCAGAGAAGACUAUGUGUGGUCAGAAGAAGAUAAAUUAGACAAACAGAACUUAAGCUCCUUCAUCAAGGAAAACAGCCUGGAGCUCAUCAUCCCAUUCAACCCCGAGGUAGCAGACAAGAUCUUUGCUUCUCGCAUCCGCCUGCAUAGCCUGCUGUUCAUCAACUCCACAGUGCAGGGUCAGCUGGAGCUGGUGGAGGAGGCCAAGGCUGUUGCCAAGAAGUUUAAGGGCAAGAUGCUGUUUGUUCUGAUUGAUGUGACACAGGCCCUGUCACAUGUGCUAAAUUAUUUUGGAGUGUCAGAAAGCGACGCACCUACUGCAAGGAUCAUCCACAUGGAAACACAGAAGAAGUUCAGUAUUCCCUCUGGAGCUCUAACAGCAGAUUCCCUGUGGCUGCUGUGUCAGGAAGUUGUUGAUGGCAUUGCAAUGCCAUACUAUCGUACUGAAGAAAUCCCAGAGGACUGGGACAAAGAACCAGUCAAAGUCCUGGUGGGCAAGAAUUUUAAAUCUGUGGCUCUGGACCCGGCCAAAAACGUCUUUAUUGAGUUUUAUGCUCCAUGGUGUGGACACUGCAAAGAACUGGCUCCAAUUUGGGACCAGCUGGGAGAGAAAUAUGCUGAUCAUGAAAACAUCAUCAUAGCCAAGAUGGACGCCACAGCCAAUGAAGUGGAGUCACUUGUCAUUUCAGGAUUUCCAACCAUCAAAUAUUACCCAGCUGAAGGCAAAGAGGUGGUCGACUACACUGGGAACCGAGAUCUGGAGACAUUUAGCAAGUUCCUGGAUAGUGGAGGAGUUUUACCACAGGAAGAAAGUGGCGAGGAUGAUGAUGAUUAUGAUGAUGGUGAGGAGAGCUCAGAUGCUAAAGAAGAAGACAGCACUGGUGAUCAAAGCAAGGAAGUAAAUGAGUCUGCAGAAAUUUCUGAAAACAAGACAUCUAAAGACGAACUGUAAUCGUGCUAAACGCAUAUUAAUAUCAAGCUAUCUUCUUCCAGUUUUCUUAGUAAAAGUUAUAUAACGUAUGAAUCAUUGUCUCUGUACUGAGAAUUAUAAUGAAUGUUUAAGCUCUCAGUUUGCUACGUGUAAAACUAUUUGAUUCUUAAAAUGAUAAAUUUUGAUUUGACAACUUGAGGACGAAGAAUAAAGAUGUAUUAAGGAAAGAAACAAAA